CUGUUCUUGGCUCGGAGCGGCCUUGUGUCUGCUACUGUGCUAGCUGUGUCACAACGUCAGCAGGGGACGGCAUCAUGGACAACAUGGACGACAAGAGCCUCCUGAGCGUCGUCGAGGGUGGCGACGUGGACGAGAUGAAGAAGCUCAUCACACUCAUCGACACCUCUGACAGCGGCGAUGCCUCGGACGGCAGCGAUGGUGGCGGGGACGGUGAGGACAGCGAUGGUCUGUGUUCGACACCAGCUGGCCGUGCUGGGCUCACCGAGGGCACCAUCGCGCGGUGGAUGGCGAUGACUACGGACGAGCUCAGCGCCGAGACUACAACCAUUCUGGCUGCUGUUCGUGAGUCGGGGCUCGCUCAGCUGAGAAGCGUUUUUGGGCACUUGCUCCCGCUCAUGUUGCGUUGCGUUGAUGGAUCAGCUCCGGCGGUCUACCGCGCAGGCUGGGCGUGCCUUGCGUCGGCGCUGCCGCGGAUCUCGCCGACGGCGCUGGCAUGGCACGCGCCACUGCUGCGCGAAACGCUCGAGCGCGGCCUGGUAGCCGCUGACAAGAUGUCGGGCAUGCUGGCUCUGGACGCCGCUGCGGCGCUGGUGGCCGGUCUACCGGCGUCUUCGGACGAUGCACUUGACUGGGCGCGAACAUUGCAUUUGCGGAUGAUGGCGUCGCUGAUGCGGACAUCCGAGCCUGCGCUCCGCGCCGCGCAGCUGCGGGCUUGGGGCGCAGCGCUCACCGCGCUGCCAGCACCCGACGUCGUCGCCACACUCGAGCAGACACUCGCUCUUCUGCAGGGCUGCAUCCGUGCCGACCAGCCGGCACCGGCAUUGGUGGCACUCGACGUCCUCGACAGCAUCGUAUGGCCGGUGGCCUGGCCGCGCAUGACCCGCCACAUGGACCGGAUCUUUACCACUCUUCUCCACGCGUACGUCAGCCACGUUGCCGACGGCGACGACAACGGCGAGGCGGCGCACCUUUGCGCUGCGCUGCACGCGUCUUUUGCCCAGAGUCUGGCCCGAUUUGACGCCAUCGACCACGCGGCGACGACGUCGUACACCGCGGACCUGUACGAAAUGCUGGUCCGCGAUGUCGACGUCGCCACCGAGGCCAGCGCUCUCGUCGACCUCCUCGCCGAACUCGCAUCACCCGAUUCGUGACACCAGAUACGCUAGCGCCGACUCGAAGAGCGCGAGGUAAAAGUCGAGUUGUG